AUGGAGAACCCCAAGGAUCUGACUCCCAGACAGCUUGAAAGGGCUGUCGAUGACCGAGUCUUCGACAGUUGGGAUGGAAGCGACAGAAUCGUGGGCCCAAAGACAAAGUCGCCCAAGCUCUCUGAGCUUUACCUCCAUGUCGGUGUUUUCAAGAAGGAUUUGCCGGAUCCUGGCAUUAACCGAGGAAUGUUCGACACGGACAUUAUUAGCGAGGUUUUGGCCUACCUAGGCCUUGCGAAGAAAUAUGACCCCCCGGCUUGUCGAAAGGCUGGAGAGAAGGCCUAUGUCCGAGCACGUCUGGACAAGCCUGGAGAUGCUAUUAUUCUAGAUUGGCUCGAUGUGAAAGGGAAGUGGGCACCCUACAACUACAUCGACUUCGAGACAUUCAACAACAAGCCCGAUCCCAACACGGUCGCCAAAGCCUAUCGCAAGGCUGACACCGCCUGGGCCAGGGCUUGUGAUGAAUGGAAUGCAGAGCUUUGA